GCUAAACAAAUGCUAAAAGCACUCGAUGUCAAAUCGAGUAGUUUUAGAGGAGUGUUAUUUAUUACAAAACACAAUGACAGGAGACACACUGUCAUUGUUCAACAACGACAAUCCUCGGGGAUUGAACAAAUCGCUUUUAAUUCCAAUAUGCAUUAUAGAUUGAGGUUGAUUUCCCCAGCCUACUAAAAUUAGACUGUGCACAGGCUAACCGAGCUAGCUAGCUAGAUUGUGAAUCUGAGCUCAUAGUUGUCUUUUUUUAGAAUCGUAAAGUUACGGUGACAGCAGAAUAACAGCACGAGAUGGUCUGUGUAAACUGACAAUGGGUACAAAGUGGCAUGUAUGGCCGUCAUUUGGGAAUCCAGUUUGUAACAGCUUUGAAGUUAUCGGUCGCUGACUGGAUUUGGUGGUCAUUAACUUUAAGUACUGGCGACAACCUUAGCCAGCUAGCAGGUGUACACGUCUCGUUUGUGUCUCUUUUCCAUUGUAGUAAAUCAGGUAAAUACAAACUGACUUGAUGGCUAGCAGUUCUGAGUCGGGUGGAAAAUUACCCUCUGACGUUAGUUCAGUAGCAGCGAUGCUCGCCCCCUCAGCAGCGACCGUGGAGCAGGCGGUGACCCCGGUGCUGUUCGAGAUAUUUGGAGAGAUGUGGAAUGUACAGGCUCGCCUUGGCCAGGGGGUCUCGGCCUCUGUUUACCGUGUGAGUUCGGGCCGCUCCAGCACAGCUGCCGUCAAGGAGUUCCAGGCAGACGCACAAGGCGGUGAUUACGGGUACCACAAAGAAAGAUCCGUGCUUGAAGAUAUUCAGGGACAUAAAAACAUAGUGACACUGUACGGGGUGUUCACCAAUCACAGCUCGGUGGGCGUGGCCACGCGCUGCCUGCUCCUGGAGCUGCUGGACGUCAGUGUGUCGGAGCUGCUGGUGCGGGCGUCCAACCAGGGCCACUCCAUGUGGCUGAUCCAGCACUGCGCCCGCGACGUGCUGGAGGCCCUGGCCUUCCUGCACCGCGAGGGCUACGUGCACGCCGACCUCAAGCCCCGCAACGUGCUCUGGAGCGCCGAGGAUGAGUGCUUCAAGCUCAUCGACUUUGGCCUCAGCUACAAGGAUGGGCAUCAGGAUGUGAAGUACGUCCAGACGGAUGGCUACCGGGCCCCUGAGGCAGAGCUGCAGAACUCCCUAGCCCAGGCGGGCAUGGAGGGGGACAGUGGGUGCACGGCCGCCAUCGACCUGUGGAGCCUGGGCAUCCUCCUGCUGGAGCUCUACUCCGGCAUCAAGCUGAAGGAGACCGUACGCACUCAGGAAUGGAAGGAGAACAAUGCUGCCAUAGUGGAUCAUAUCUUCACCAGUAACAGUCUGGUGUACCCAGCCAUCCCAGUCUAUCACCUCAGAGACCUUAUCAAGAGCAUGCUCCACACUGACCCCAAACUGCGAAGCACAGCCGAAGCUGCCCUCAGCAGCCCCUUCUUCAGCAUUCCCUUUGCUCCUCACAUAGAAGAUCUGGUGAUGCUGCCCACUCCUGUUCUGAGACUUCUCAAUGUGAUCGAUGACAGCCAUCUGUACAACGACGACGAGUAUGAAGACAUCAUUGAAGACAUGAAAGAGGAAUGUCAGAAGUAUGGCUCUGUUGUUUCGCUGUUGAUACCGAAGGAAAACCCAGGCAAAGGCCAGGUUUUUGUGGAAUAUGCAAAUGCUGGAGACUCCAAAGAAGCUCAGAGGCUGCUGACGGGAAGAACGUUUGACGGCAAGUUUGUGGUGGCCACGUUCUACCCCCUGAGUGCCUACAAGAGGGGCUAUCUGUACCAGACGGUGCAGUAAGGCCGUAAGGACCAGACCCAGCGUCAUGUCUCCCCUAGCAAAACCAUAACACUCUCAACUAUGGCCCGGCCGUUAGAGCACAGUCCAGUCCCAUCCUAAUAUCACCUACUAUAGGCUGGGCCCCACGUUCUCCCCCAAUGCUGCUUUAGAAGCCUUUCCUACGGGGGAGUGACACACGUGUGCUGUUUAACAAUGUGAAUAUACUAUGUAGACGAAGUGGCUUAUUAUAUAACUAUCAUAUGUGUAGCAACCAUGGAUCUGUGGUUCUCAAAAUUGCAUUAUCACUAUUAACAUAGAUGUGGUGUUAUAUACAUCAUGGUUUACAAAUCCUACCAAGAGCAAGAGAUACAAAGACAUUGACUCACAUUUUGUGUGUAGCGAUAUUUGAUAUUUUUGUUGUGAGUGUACAAGACUAUGCAUACUGAGAGUAAUAGCUUGCUUGGGCAGCUUUGUUUUCGUUAAAACCACUUCAAUUUUCUAGUCUUUACACUGGACGGCCCUCAAAUGUGUGUUUUAGGGUACUGCAUGGCUCACUUACCACCACUCCGUUUUGACUGAGGUAAGUGGACCAUGGGGCCUGCAUUGCACUCUUUCUCCAGUGGCAUUGCCUUCUUUGCCUGUGUGACCAUUACAUGAAAACAUGAUGUAUGAUGUGGAAGAGGCAAUGGAUAAAACCCAAUUGAAGCCACUGUAUUAUUGUCCCCAGAACCAGGAGCACAAGCACUGAUGAGUCACAAUCUGGUGCGGAGGACAGGAAGAUUAGUUGCAGCCAUUUAUUAUUUUCGGUAGAUGAAAAUCUUGAUUUCUGAAUGAAGAGAAAUCCAUCGUUAUACUAGAUGUCCAAAGCAAAAUGCAAGCCAGCAAGCUUCUUAAUGCUGUGAAAACACAAGUUCUUCUUUAUAAAAGGAGAAAUAAAAAUGUUUCCAAAGGUACCAUUCCAAAAGUCCAAAGGAAUACCCCCUCCCCCACUAAGUGCUUUCUGUUACCAACACAAACUACUCCAUAUUUGUUACUUUGGAAUACAUACUUGGUCCAUGUAUGUAUUUUAUUUGAUUGAUUUAUUUGAUUUGCCCAUUUUAUUUAUUUCAGUGUUUCCAGCCAUCAUUUCCUUAUUUAUCAGAUUCAUUUCUUUCUGCGUUUUUCUUUUUUCAAGACUAUGUGAAAUGUUACCUUAGUGUUUAGAAAUCCUGAGAAUCCCUAAAAAGAUUUGCAUUUAUGUUGAAAUAUGUUGCAUAAUUCUGAAACAAGUAAUCUGUGAUGAAUGCAAGUAUAUAUCAUAUAUCUUUUUCAAACUUUGUUUUCAGGUAUGUUAUCUCAGACAUGUCCCAAUGCUGAAAGCUUAAAAAAUAAGGGCUUGGAAUAGUUUUGCAUUUGGAUAAAGGCCAAAAACAUA